UUUAGUAAAACUUUAGCCUGCUUUUUGAGUGCGUGUUUUCUUUUUUUUCUCUUCACAUUUUUUUGUGAUUUUACUUGAAUUUUUCUAAUUUUCUAAGCCAUUUUAUCUUUAAAAGUGUUCUUUUAGGCACAUUGAUUGAGUUUAUGGUGGAAAAACUGUAUUUUCGCAAAGAAGUUACGUGGAAAAGUGUUGAGAAAAUUUUGUGUUGCUUUUGGAAUUCAAGAUGUCAGCACGAAAGAUAAACAAUCGCUCGAGAGUGAGAUUACAGGCAUAAUGCUUCAUCCCUGGGUUGAUCAAUUUACCUGAUAAACCUUUAGUAGGAGAUGAAGUGAUGAGUUUGAGUAGAGAGAUGGCCAGAGGGCCGGUGAUUUUGGUGAAAAUUUGCCUUGUUUUGUGGAUUUUGGGAGCAAAUUCAGUGGCUUCCGAUGGAAAUGGCUCCAUCAAUCUCCUGUUCACCACAUAUCAGGACAUUCGGUGGGCCAAUGUUAGUGGUAGUGAGAUUCAUAUUGAAGUGUUGACCAAAGAUCUGGUGGAGGGAGCAGCUAUUGACUUCCAUGCUGCUCGGAAGCUGGUUUGUUGGGCUGAUCAGGGCCGGGAGAGGGUUGAGUGCAUGAAGAUGAAUGGGAUGAAACCAGCCAGAAGGGAUAUUGUGGUGGCAGCUAAAGCAAAAGUAGAUGGGCUGGCAAUUGAUUGGAUCACAGAGAAGAUCUACUGGACAGUGAGUGAGACGAACAAAAUUGAAGUAACCUCCUUGGAUGGGAGGUAUAGGAAAGUCCUAUUCUGGAUGGAUGUGGAUCAGCCUAGAGGGAUUGCGGUGGUUCCUGCCAGGAAGCUGCUUGUGUGGACAGAUUGGGGUGAGAGCCCAAAAAUCGAAUCCUCAAGCAUGGAUGGUGAUCCGGGAAGUAGAAAGGUUUUGGUGAAGGAUAAGGGUAUCUUCUGGCCAAAUGGCUUGGCGGUAGAUUUGGAACGUGAACUGAUCUACUGGGUGGAUGGAAAAUUGCACACACUGCAAGUGAUGCGUCUCGAUGGUGGUGACAGACGCACUCUGGCCACAAAUCUCAUCUACCCUUACAGCCUGACUAUGCUACAGGAACACAUUUUCUGGACAGACUGGCAACUCUAUGCAAUCAAUACUCUAGCUUCAGGUGAAGUCCGGGAGCUCUUCAAUGUUUCAGUAUCCCCAAUUUCUGUGAGGAUCUGGGAUCAACGUAUUCAACCGCCGGGCGAUAGUCCUUGUCAGAUAUCCAAUGGGAAUUGUUCCCAUUUGUGCCUCCUGGCCCAGAAUGCCGCAGGAUACACUUGUGCGUGUCCUACUGGCAUUCGGCUGGUCACCAAUACAACCUGUGCUGAACAUCCCACGGAUAUGCUCUUCCUCGUGCAACGCACUCAAAUCAGCCGCAUUUCCCUGGACACUCCGGACUUUACGAGUUUUCCGCUGAUGCUGAGUCGAGUGAAGUACGCCAUUGCCAUUGAUUACGAUCCCGUGGAGGAUUCAGUUUACUGGUCAGAUGGAGAUGUUCACACUAUCAGGAGAGUUAAGCAGGAUGGACAGGGUCCUGUGGAGACAAUUGUAUCAGCAAUUGCUCACGCAGAUGGAUUGGCAUUGGAUUGGCUGGCUAGGAAUCUCUAUUGGACCGAUACAGGGAUGGAUCGUAUUGAGGUGAGUCGAAUGGACGGCUCUUCUCGGUACGUGGUUAUAAAUGAGAACCUAAAGGAGCCGAGAGCAAUUGCUGUAGCUCCAACUCUGGGUUGGAUGUUCUGGAGUGACUGGAAUGAGGAGAUGCCUAAGAUUGAACGUGCUGCUCUCGAUGGUUCUGAACGAGUUGUGCUAGUGUCCAAUGAUCUUGGAUGGCCAAAUGGUAUUGCCCUGGACUUUGCUGAGAACACGGUUUUCUGGUGUGAUGCCAAAACUGACAAAAUUGAGGUGGUCGGAAUGAAUGGGUCCAAUCGCCGUGUGAUUCUUUUUGAGCAAUUGCCCCAUGUUUUUGGACUGAGUCUGCUGGGAGAUUUUAUUUAUUGGUCAGACUGGCAGAGGAGGUCCAUUGAGAGGGCUCAUAAGAAACAGGGUAAUGAUCGAUUGGUGAUUGUGGAUCAGCAUCCAGAUCUGAUGGGACUCAAAGUGGCGAGAUUGAGAGAGGUGAAUGGAACAAGUCCAUGUGCUAUUGACAAUGGUGGCUGUUCCCAUUUAUGUUUCAAUCGUCCUCAUGAUUUUGUCUGUCGUUGUCCAAUUAAUUUUGAAUUGGCAUCUGAUCGGAAGACAUGUUACACUCCUACGGCCUAUUUGUUCUUUUCACGGAUGCGUGGUCUUGGGAGAAUUUCAAUGGAGAGAAAUGAGGGAAAUUACAAUGAUCAGGUGACACCAUACAAAGUUAUCCGGGAGGUUCAUGCUUUGGAUGUUGAUGAUGUCUCGGGAAUGCUAUUCUGGACAGAUCGACGAACAAAGUCCAUUCAGAGGGUGUUGGUGAAUGGAACAGAUGUCCAAAAGAUUGUUGAUUCAGGUCUUGGACGUCCGGAAGCCAUUGCAGUUGAUUGGUUGGGUAGAAAUGUUUUUUGGACGGAUAUUGAGUUGAGGAGAAUCGAAGUGGCUCGAUGGGAUGGUACAAGUCGUAAAGUUUUGGUAUGGCGAAGUGUCGAGGAGCCAAAGCAUUUGGUUUUGGAGCCCAAAAGGGGAUCAAUGUACUGGACAGAACAACAAUUGGAGGUUAUUCAGAAGGCUGGAAUGGAUGGUUCAGAAGUUGCAACAAUUGCCAAAAAAGUGGGAAGUGUCAAUGGAUUGACUCUCGAUGAUGCCACAAGGAGACUCUAUUGGACUAGUCAGAGUACUCCAGCACGUAUUGAUUGGGUUGAUUGCGAUGGACAACGCAAGGGGGCAACUCUUUUGGAUCUCCAUGGAAGUGAUCCUUUUGCAAUUGCCAUCUACAAUGAUUACGUUUACUGGAGUGAUUGGAAGACGGGAGAUGUUGAGCGUGUUCAUAAGAUUUCAGGCUCAAAUCGCACGUUAAUUCAUGAAAAUUUGGAAUUUGUGAGAUCUCUGGUGGUUUAUCAUACAUCUCCGCCAACGCCAACAUCCAAUUUCAAUAGGUGCAAUGUAAACAAUGGAGGAUGUAGUCAUCUCUGCCUGGCCAAUCGCAACGGUUCAGUUUGUGCAUGUCCAACUCACUAUUUUCUGAAUUCCGAUGGAGUUUCGUGUAGUCCUCCAAAGGAUUAUUUGAUCUUUAGUCAGAAAGCGACAUUCGGCAGACUCUUUCCCAAUUCAACGGACGUCCUGGAUGCCUCAUUUCCAGUUACAGGAAAGCACAUCAGAGCCAUUGAGUUUGAUCCUGUUAUGAAAUUUCUAUACUGGAUUGAUGGGAAAGCUGUGAGAAAGAGUGCAGAGAAUGGUACAAGAAUGUCAGCAGUUGUUAGUUCGGGGUCACAACCGUUUGACAUGGCCAUAGAUUUUAUUGGGAGACUCCUUUAUUGGACUUGUUCUUAUACAAACUCCAUCAAUAUCUCGAGUUUGGAUGGGAAUUCGGUGGGAACAAUUGAUACAGGAGACCAACAGGUUCCGAGAAAUUUGGCCAUUGAUUCGUUGGACAGAUAUCUCUUUUGGACAGAUUAUGGGCAACAGGCAAUAUUUCGGGCACGAAUUGAUGGUGCUCAACGUAUAAUGCUUGUAAAUAAGCUUUCGGGUGUCAAUGCAUUGACCAUUGAUUCCCAGAUGAAAAUAGUUUUUUAUGCAGAUGGCGAGAGCAUUGAGAGAAUGGAUUACUCCGGAGGAAACAAACAAAAAAUUACGAAACUGAAUUACAAUCAAGUGACUUCCUUGGCUGCCCUCCGUGGAAUUCUCUAUUGGUUGGAUGAUAAAAUGCUCCUGGAGAGUCUCACGUAUGACGGGGAACGAGGAACAAGUGACGGAUUAGCCCUUCAACAACUGACAGACAUUGUGGCUGUUUCAACACCUCCUGAAGGUCUCAUAGCCAAUCACACAUGUUCUCAUCUUCUCAAUGAAUGUUCCCAUCUGUGUGUGGCUUCUGGCCAGAUGCUAUCCUCUAGACGAGCAAGUUCUUCCCUCGAGGAUGUCUGCUCGUGUCCAUUGGGUCUGAUGUUGAUGGAGGACAAGAUGAGUUGUGGGACACUGCCUCCCUGUGGUCCAGGUCAUUUUACCUGUACUUUCCUUGUGCCUGGGGGUCUACUGGAUGGAGUAAAUAAGGACUGUAUCCCAAUGUCUUGGCGGUGUGACGGUCAGAAUGACUGUAUGGACAAAUCUGAUGAAUUGGGAUGUCCUUCCUGCAGUGGAGAUCAGUUUAGAUGUCAAUCUGGAGAGUGUAUCGAUCGGAAGUUUGUCUGCGAUGGGACAACGCACUGUGCUGAUGGUCACGAUGAAGCCGAUUGCUGCAAACAGCCGCAGGAUUUUCAAUGUCCUGGAAAUAAAGUUUGCAUCCCACCGGCUUCUCUCUGUGAUGGAUGGGAUCAUUGUGCUGAUGGUGCUGAUGAGUCUCCGGAGGUUUGUGGCCCAGCAAACAACAAGCGUUUCAUUCAAACGUCGGACAAGAAGACGUUCAUAAUUGUAAUUGUUAUCCUGAUGCUGGUGACUUUCUUUGCUGCAUACGUCCUGCAGAUUUGCCGUAGUCGUAUUAUGGCUCAUGGUGGUGGUCAAUUACAAAAUGACCCAGCUACUGCUCCAUUGUCCCCAGCUCAGGCUGCUGGGAAGAUUGCUCGUGGAUCUCGGCUGUCGUCAGUGGCAGAUGCCGUUUGGAUGUCAACAUUGAAUGGGAGGGCUGGAAGUGCCAAUAGCUAUGAUAGAAAUAAUAUUACAGGAGCCUCCAGUAGUACUACAAAAGGCAGUAGUAGCCUGAUGGCCUAUCCGCUCAAUCCACCUCCUAGUCCUGCUACUACAAAUGCUUCAACCAGGCACAGUGGCUACCGUCCGUAUCGGCACUACAAGUCUAUCAAUCAACCUCCACCGCCAACACCUUGUUCCACGGACGUCUGUGACGAGAGUGACAGCAAUUGCACAUCGAAGACGGCAUCGGGCAGAGUACCAUUGCCCAGGAGGACACACAGGGCGUAUGCAGAUGCUGGAGAACCAUAUCCACCGCCACCUACUCCUCGAUCUCACAGUGAUAUUGGUGGUUAUGUUCUCACAGAGAGUUGUCCACCGUCUCCGGGCUCGAGAUCUUCGGCCUAUUUUUCCCCAUUGCCACCACCUCCGUCGCCAGUUCAGUCACCCAGGCGAGACUACACGUAAGCCAAAUGUAUCAAAAGGGCACAAAAGAGUGAGUAAUCCUUGAGAUCUUUUCCUGAAGAAACAUAAAAAAAAAAAAAUCCCUUCCUGACUUUUUAUCUUGGGCGGAUUUUGUGAUUGUGAUUAAGUUCUUUAUACUUAAAAUUUAUUUUUAGAAAGAUUUAUAAAACAAA